AUGGCUCCCAUUCGAUCCGUCAAGAAACAAGCGACCGCAAGAAAGCCGCCUAGGGCCGGCACCGCAACCCAGUCCGGCAUCUUCAACGAUGACUUCCGAACGACAAAGAAGGACAAACGUCAGAUCAAGCAUAACAGCUUCAUGUCGAAGAUUGAGAAGAACUCUCAAAAAUCAGCCAAGAGCCGCAGGUCGUCCAAGAACCUGGCCGCCAAUCUUGACUCGUUGGCCGAUGCCCUGCCCGAAGCCGAAGCAUUCAAUGACCCGGAUAACCAGGUGAAAGUGAUCAAGCAAACGACUCUCAGGCAUAAACCGGGAGCCAUGAAACGGCGAGAGAAGCUGGAGAAGACGGAAAGAGACCGCUUCGCGAAGAACAUGGCGCAGAUGUCUGGCAUCGAAGCGGCUGCAGCAACCAGUGCGGGAUCGGAAGGGGAUUCUGGCGCCGUUUCCAAUAGAUGGGCUGCCCUCAGGAGCUUUAUCUCCCAGACGAUGGAGCAGCAGCCCGCAUUCAAGGCGACCAAGUAG